GCCACAUCCUCCUCCGCCGAGUGCCCUCAACCUGCACCUCUCCUCCUUCCUAGCCGCCUGCCAGCGGCACCUGCCGCUGCUGAAGCCGCUGACAGCUGCCUCAGGCGCCCCCCUGGAGUCCAGGUUGCUGCUGCUGCGGGUGCUGCGGGUGCUGCUGCGGCUGGAUGCCGGGGGCCUGCUGCAGCCGGGCGCUGCACUGGACUUCGCACUGAACAGCUACUGCGGCUUGCUGGACACAGGAGCUAAACCUGGAUACCGUGGCACCUGGACCCCGGCGCUCCAGCUGCUCCCCACCCUCGCAGCCCACCUGCCGCCUGGAGAGCCCCUGAACCGACUGUUCGGCCCCGCUCCACCACUUCCUGCAGCCGCCAGCAUUCCAGGGACACCCGCAGCAUCCGCUGCCGCAGCAGCCGCCACGACAGCAGCAGCACCCAUGCAGCCUCAGUCCGCGGGCGCAGUGACGCUUCUGGUGCCCUGCGUGUGUCCCAGCAACUCCCGCAGGGACCACCCUGACCCCUCCGCACCCGCCGCCCUCGACAUGUCCAUGCGCCUGCAUGCGCUCAUGCUCACACUCGUACAGCUGUCAUACACUGCUGCUGCUGCUUCGACGGCGAUUGCGGCGGUUGCAGCGUCGAGUACAACAACAGAUUCUGCUGGUGCCGGGGAUAGAGCCGCUGCUGCCGUACAAUCUGUCCUGACUGGACACGCUGCUGCAGCCUCGUCGUUGCUUGAAUCGUUGCUAAUCGUGGUACAGGACAUGGGAGGACCCAUGGGUCACUUGCUGCAAACAAAGCUGGUGCGCAUGUUUGCUCGGGUCGCUGCUGCUGCCUGGAACGGGACAGACGCCGCUGUGGCUGCGACAAGCACCACUGCUGCGGCGGACGGCGCUGGUACGGGACCAAUGCACGCCGCCAGCAUCACCAGUCAUUGGCCUGGAGCAACC